AUGACAUCCGAUAUUUGGAUGCCUGAAGAUCAUAUUCCGGUAGAGGUGAGGGAUAUGCUAUCGGAGCCCUCACCCAACUACGUUAUAAUGUUCUUAAAUAUAGUCGAGUUACUAAAAGUUCAAAGAAGAACAGGCUGGGUUGAUUAUGAUAUUAGUCCCUGUGAAUCUAUCAGUGAUCACAUGUAUCGUAUGAGUGUAACUUGUAUGCUCCUUAAAGAUACUUCCAUAAACAAAGAGAAAUGUGUUCGUAUUGCCUUGGUUCACGAUUUGGCCGAGGCGCUUGUUGGUGAUAUAACACCUUUUGAUGCCGUUACAAAGGAAGAGAAGCACAGAAGAGAGUGGGAAACUAUUAAGUAUUUAUGUGGUAACUUCAUUUCAAAAUAUAAUGAAGAAGCUGCUACUGAAAUCAAGCGCGACUGGUUAUCAUACGAGAAUUUAGACUGCCCCGAAGCUCGCUAUGUUAAAGACAUCGAUAAGUUCGAGAUGCUAAUGCAAUGUUUUGAAUAUGAACGUAGACACAAGGGAGAAAAGAAAUUGGACCAAUUUUGGAGCAUAGUAGAUGCGAUUCAAACAACAGAGGUCGGUGCAUGGGUUAAAGAUUUGUACGCAAGGCGCAACAGUUUUUUUGAAUCUCUGGAAUAG